CUCACCUGUCGCACUUUAGCACACUAUUCAUCCAGCAUCAAUGGGAAACCGCACUAUAUUCCUUGUAAAUAACUCACUUCACUGCGUGUCAAAUGCCGAAGGGAUCUGUCAGAACCAACGGACAUGUCCGAAAGUUCCUCUGGAGUGAACACCAGCAGUGAAAGUUUUCCCAAGUCUCACUCGCACUACUCUGAGUUAAGCGACACACACACUCCUUUCUCUGUGGAACUGACUCCAGACUCUGGCAUUGUUGCCACUCCAUUGCCGUCCAGUCGGUUCAGGUUUGCCUCGUGGCACUGGCUAGAGGAGCAUGAUGUGCGUGGAGACCAGCUCGCCUGCCCCAGGGUCAGAGAGGGGCCUGCCGAAGACGAGCUGUCCGUUAAAAGUGAAGACAUAUUUCUCAAAGGAGGAAGGAGGAAGAGGAGGGAAGAUGAAGGACAGAAAUGGGAGGAGAGACUCCAGGAGAACUGGGAGAACUGUGUGGUGCUGAACUUGUCUUAUCAGGACUUGGGAGAUCCGUACCAGCUGGAGAACUUCAUCCGCAUCCUGAGGAGACUGAUCCGGGCGGAGCGUCUGCAGCUGGUGGAUAACGCACUGAGAGAUCUCAGCUCUGUCAGACUGCCAAGAUGUAAAAUCCUGAAUCUUCACCGGAACAACUUGACGUCCAUUCGUCAGCUGCCAAAUGUUCCUGAGAUCCAGCACUUGUGCCUGUCUGAAAACAGUAUUUCCUCUCUGGGCGAGCUGUCCCUGCUGAGAAGCACGCCGCUCCGGUCUCUGACACUCAAACGCAACCCCUGCCAGUUUCUGGAGGACUACCGCUCACGUGUGUUCUCCUGUUUGCCAAAACUCCAAGUUCUGGAUGGCAUCCCAAAGCUACCGGAUGAUUCCGUGCCUCCCUCUUCUCCGGCAGCGUCCAGAUUUUGUACCAUUCUCUGAUGUUGAAACAACUGAACCUGAAGCCAAGAUCCAGUGUACUGUACUGUCAGAGUGAACCGAAAGCUCUAUAAAUGCAUUGUAUAUAGUUGUGCGUAUACUCAUUUGGGCUGUUAAAAAUGUAUUUAUACGACUUAUUAAAGCUAUUUUUGUACCUUUACUUCACAUUUCAUGUACUCAAAAUAAACCUGCACUGACUUCA